GAGGGGAAUCAAUCUUACGAUCUUGUAGGGAUAAACCCCACGGCCCACGACCGUAGGGAUAAACCCCACGCCCCACGACCUUGGGUGAUAAACCCCGCCAUGGUUUAGUUAACCACUGUGCCAAACCAGCUUAUGAGUAUUGAAACCGUGUAGCGAAGGAGUUAUUAGUGGGUGAGAGAUGGGGAAAGUAAAGUUUUGUAAGCAAAGUGAAUCUACUAUGGAUCUUGAUACUCCUAGUAACAGUCAUUCAGACAGUGACGAUCAAGUUGGGGAAGAGAUUGUAUUUAUAAAGCAGGUGCAAAGUAAUGAAUUGCCAACAUCAGAGGACCAUAGCCCCAAAUCAGCAAAACCCAAUUUUAUUCAGUUGUCUCCCUCCACUCCCUCCCCUUCCUCCACGGUUAAGGGAAAGAAGAAUUCCUGGGAUUUGCACGAGGAGUUGAACUGGCAGUUGGGGAAGACCAAGAAGAAGCGUUCUGGAUCCAAAUCAAAGCACGCGGUAUCUAAUCAUGCGGGGAAGCCCAUGAGCUGUAAACAAAGUAAGUCUGCAAUGAUUGGGUUGCCUGUUGAAGUUAAGACACCUGCCAUGAUUCGAGCUGAGGAGAUCAAGUCCAGUUUGGGAUGUGAAUUUCCUAGCUUUGUAAAACCAUUGGUUCGAUCGAAUGUUUCCAGUUGUUUUUGGAUGGGGCUUUCUGGUCCCUUCAGCAAGUCUCACCUACCUGAAAAGGAUACCUCAGUAAUUUUGGAAGAUGAAAGUGGGGAACAAUUUCAAGUGAAAUACAUUCAAGGAAGGUGGGGACUUAGUGGUGGUUGGAGAAGCUUUGCGAUGGGACACAAAUUGCUCGAGGGUGAUGUCUUGAUCUUUCAGUUAGUUGAACCAAACAAAAUGAAGGUGUACAUUGUAAGGGCCAAUGGUUUGACUGAGGUAGAUGGUGCUCUAAGCCUUCUUAACCUUGAUGCUCACGUCAAACAAGAUGAUACAGAAAAGGACGAUGCAGAUGAUGGAACAAUAGCUCUGGAUAACAAGAAGAGGAAGCGUCCAAUCUCUCUUCAACUUGCUAUAGUCAAGAAGAACAAGAAGGCAAGCCUCCAAAAAUCAGUUCCUAAACUCACAGAAUCCGUUGUGCAACUUGAAAAUGGUUGCGAAGAGGUUGGUUCAGAACCUCUCAUCGGUCCCAGAUUCUCUAGCUCUACAAUUCGUAUCUGGGAUGUCAAAAGCUUUAAACACUUCAAUAUUUUGGUUGAUGGGUUGUCCAUAGAUUCAGAGAUUCCGAAACAUAUACGGGUCAAGUACUUCAACCUCUGCCAGAGUAGAAGAGCAUUCCUUCAUGCACGGCUUUUCCAUGGCCUUAACAUUAAGUUGGUUUCUGGUAUUAUUUCUGAGAUUGUCAAUAUAGCUGAUGCCAUAAGAGCAUGUACGCUCACAACUUCUCGGAACAAAUUUGAAGUGUGGGAAAAAAGCUUGAAGUCUUUUGAGCUCGUGGGAAUGAAUGUCGGUUUUUUAAGUGCUCGGUUACGGCGCCUUCUUAGCCUUGCUAUUAAAACAGAGGUUGACGUGGAUGUCAAGAAGUACGUAGAGGCUAAAACUAGAAAAGUUCAAGCGGAUGAUGAGAUACGAAAGCUCAAGGCUAAGGUUGUUGAGCUGAAGGUGGCAUCCAGAAAGUUGGGUGCAUUUAUCAAGGCUCUAAAAUCUAAGGUUGAGGGCUAUGAACACAAGUUCCAGGAAGAAGUUGAUGCUCCAUGGUAGUUUCUGCUCUAUGGCUUUAUCUUCUGUAUGAUGUUAAUGUUUUUGUAAUGGUAAUGCUCCCCGGCAAUACCUUCUGAAUUAUGUUGUUAUGUUUUUGUAUCCUAGUCCAUGAUGUGUGGCGGGAAAAGGUGGGAAAAAACUAUGUUUUUUCAUAGCAACCGGCCAACCAUGUAGUUAUGUAUCUAGUGAUCUUACAUGAAGGCAAUGGUGCCUAAUAAGAACCUUGUCUUGCUAGGUUA